GUGAAGGAUUGUGGGAUAUCCAAGAUGGCAGCCUGCAGUGACAUCUUGACCAAGUAUUUCCCUUCGAUUGAUUCCGAAUUAACGGACUAUAUCGUCGGAGUACUAGACAGCAGUGCGGAGGAUAUCCAGUCCAGUGAGGAUGUGUAUGAUGCGGUGGGGGAGAUGUUACUGGAGUUGUCUGAGGAGGGGACAGGGGAAGACAGUGUCAGGGACAUCUGUCUGGAGAUGAUCAAGGCUCUCAACAUAAAUAAUGACAGCAAAGUCUCGGAGAGACAGAAACUAAAUGCUCCUGUCCACCUCAAGUCCAUGGCAGAGGAUUUUAAUCAACAAUCAGAAGAGUCCAUGAGUAUAUGGAUGGCCAAGAAAGAAUUCAACACAGUUGUUGAUGCUAAAAAGUUAGAGAAGGCAGAGGCCAAGUCCAAAGCUAAACUAGAGAAACGAGCAGAGAAGGAAGAGAAAAUAGAAGACUGUCAAAUUGGUAUGGCCACAGCUAGCCAGGCCACAAACAGACGAGAAGCUAAACUGGAUGCAUCCGGUAUGAACCGGUCUUAUGACAUUCAUGUAGAAAACUUGGAUGUCGCAUUUGGAGACAAAGUUUUGCUGCAGAAUGCAGACCUCCAUUUGGCUGAAGGCAGAAGGUACGGUCUGGUGGGAAGAAACGGCAUCGGGAAAACAACACUACUUAAGAUGUUAUCCAGUGGUGAGUUGAGGAUCCCGUCCCACCUGUCUGUGCUCCAUGUGGAACAGGAGGUAGUCGGUGAUGACACCACCGCGGUCGACAGUGUCCUUGAGAGUGACCUUGUCAGGUCCAGUCUACUACAGGAGGAAAGAGAACUCACCGCAAUGCUGAAUUCUACAAGUCCAUCCACUUUAGAUGGCAGGGGAAGUGCAAGGUUAGGAGAGAUCUAUGCCAAACUAGAAGAAAUUGAAGCUGACAAGGCACCGGCAAGGGCUGCACAGAUUCUAAAUGGUUUGGGAUUCACACCUAAAAUGCAGGAGAUGACAACUAAAGAGUUCUCAGGAGGUUGGAGAAUGAGACUGGCGUUGGCACGAGCUCUUUUCAUGAAGCCAGAUCUCUUGUUGCUUGACGAACCUACCAACAUGUUGGAUAUCAAAGCCAUUUUGUGGCUGGAAAACUACCUUCAGACGUGGUCCAAAACGAUCCUUGUCGUGUCUCACGACCGUCUCUUCCUGGACUCCGUAGCGACGGACAUCAUCCACUUCCACUCCCGGCGCCUGGACUACUACCGCGGGAACUUCGAGAUGUUCCUCAAGACCAAGACAGAGAAGCUGAAGAACCAGCAGAAAGAGUACGAGUCACAGAAGCAGUACAGAGAUCACAUACAGGUGUUCAUCGACAGAUUCAGGUACAAUGCCAACAGAGCCUCCCAAGUACAGAGCAAACUGAAGCUGCUGGAAAAACUCCCAAAGUUGACACCGAUCGAGAAAGAGCCAGAUGUCAUCCUGAAGUUUCCCGAUGACAUCGACAAACUGUCCCCACCCAUCCUCAGACUGGACGAAGUGGACUUCUGCUACAGCCCUGACCAGCCCAUCUUCAAGAAAGUGGACAUAUCAGCUGACCUGGACUCAAGAAUAGCUAUUGUUGGUGAGAAUGGCACAGGUAAAACAACCCUGCUGAAGAUUCUGAUUGGUGAACUGGAUCCUGUGAACGGGAUCAGACAUGUACACAGGAACCUGAGGAUAGGGUACUUCAGCCAGCACCAUGUGGACCAGCUGGAAAUGAACGUCACAUCUGUCGAGCUGCUGGCAUCAAGGUUCCCAGGAAGGAAGGUAGAAGAGUACAGACACCAGCUGGGGUGCUACGGUGUGUCUGGUGAACUCGCCAUGAGGCCUGUAGCCAGUCUAUCAGGAGGACAGAAGAGUAGGGUAGCAUUCGCCAACAUGGCUAUGGUCAGACCAAACUUCUUCAUCCUUGACGAACCGACCAAUCACCUGGACAUGGAGACCAUAGAGGCUCUUGGGAAGGCUCUCAAGAAGUUCAAGGGUGGCGUGAUCCUGGUAUCUCACGACGAACGACUCAUCCGCAUCGUGUGCAAUGAAUUGUGGGUAUGUGGAAACGGCACGGUGCGGAGCGUGGAGGGUGGCUUUGAUGAGUACAAGAAGGUUCUGGAGGCGGAGUUUCUGCAGCAGUGAAGAAUACACCAGCUCUACAAGCUGGUUCACAGUUUUAACUGUGCAUGUGUGGGGUUAAAGUAAUAAUCUCCAAGCAGAUCCUAAUAGUAGGAUGGCCAAAGACAGUAUCAGCUUGGCCAGACAGUAUCCAUUGGCCAGACAGUAUCUAAUUGGCCAGACAGUAUCCAUUGGCCAGAAAGGGUCUGUACAUCCAUACAACUGUCUCUGGCCAAUGGAUAGUACCUUGCCAAUUGGAUACUGUCUUUGGCCACCCUAGGAUCUGCUUCAAUAUUAGGAUUUAAAUUGAAAGCCCCUAACUUUUAAACAUGCUUGAUACAUGUAGUACAUGUUCAGACAUACUUUCUUUAUGUAUCAGGGGCCUUCAGCUUAACCCACAGUGCAUCAGCAUUUAGAACUUGAAACAGCUUAUUGUUAUAAUGACCACCUUUAUGUCAUUAGACCCAGCUCUCUUUAAUGCUAAUAAAAACUGCAACUUUUCAUCCAACACUUUCACUGCAACUCACAUAUCAUAACAGACAAGGAUGAGAAAUCCAUCAAGUGUUUUUAUGUCUUAAGUAUUUAAAGUGGAAAUGAUGAUGAAUGUUGGAAACCCAUUCUGCAAUGACCAGUAAAUGACAUGAAUAAUAUUUGACUUUGUUGCCUUUCG